CAUUUUCAUGCAUUUUCAUGUGCACGAGCACUGUGGUGCGAGAGUCAUUCCGUAAUAUCGAGAGGUUAACUCGUCGUUUGCUGGUUCGGUCGUGACAGGCAGUUUUGUUGUGUCGUUUAACGUUUAACUUAACGCUUACUAUCAAGAUAGCGGAUACAAAAGCGUGCGCACGAAAAUGGAAUGCUUAAUCGGUAUUCAGUGCAAAGAUUUCGUGUUAGUUGCCGCGGAUAUGACAACCGCACAGUCUAUUAUAGUUAUGAAAAGCGAUGAACACAAAAUUCACAAGAUCUCCGACAAGCUUGUUAUGGCGAUAUCUGGAGAAUCGGGCGACACUACACAGUUUUCGGAAUACAUUGGGAAGAAUAUUCAGCUGUACAAGAUGCGAAAUGGGUACGAACUAUCCCCCAAAGCUGCAGCUUGUUUCACAAGAAGAAAUCUAGCCGAUUAUCUUAGAAGCAGGACUCCAUACUUUGUCAAUAUGCUUUUGGCUGGAUACGACGACGAUUCGGGACCAGAAUUAUAUUUUAUCGAUUAUUUGGCAUCCUGCGUACGAGUCCCUUACGCCACUCAUGGAUAUGGUGGAAUGUUUUCUAUGUCUGUUUUAGACAGAUAUUAUAAAUAUGAUUGUACCGAAGAAGAAGCAUAUGUGUUAUUGAAGAAAUGUGUUCGAGAAAUUCAGAAACGGUUAAUCGUUAAUUUGCCAAAUUUCAAAGUUCAAAAGAUAUCCAAGGAUGGAAUUAAAGAUAUGCAACCAAUAACUGCUGAAAACUUGGCUGUGGAAAGUGCUGCUAAAGCAUAAAAGAAACGAUUAUUUUAUAUUUUAUUUUGUAGGAAAAAUAUUUCCAUUAUUAAAAAUAAAAGACGUAAAUGUAAUUUGA